AUGCGUUUCUCAAGCAUCUUCGCUCCUCUCAGCAUAAUCGGCCUCGCCGUCGCCGGAAAGCCCCGCCAAGGAAAGGGCAUCCCAUAUGACACAGCAGUCAAGAUCGUCAACGACUUCGUGUCGACGCUGACGGCCUUCGACGUCAACGUGGCCACCAACCUCCUGGCACCCAGCUUCGUCGACUACUCGGACAGCAUCAACUUCCUGAUCGGCGCGCCAGCCGGGUCGCCGACCUUCCCCAGCCCGCAGGCCUACAUCGCGGGCCAGGGCGCUCAACCACCCAUCGGGCUCGACAUCCUCGCCAUCGACGCCAUCACCUCCGACGGCGUCAUCGUCUUCCGCUGGACCGCCGCCGUCGGCCUCGAGCUGAUCCCCGCCAACGGCAUCUCCGUCCUGUACGCCACCCAAUCUGGCCCGGACCCAACCAUUGUCGGCCCCGGCGGCUACCAGCUCGAGACCCUCUUCAGCGAGUUCAACUCCGCCGCCUGGGUCACUGAUAUCGGCGGCACCGUCACUCUUCCUCCCCCACCCCCAAGCUCUUAA